AUGAACAACCAGACUGCCAUCUCUCAGUUCCUCCUCCUGGGCCUGCCCAUCCCCACAGGGCACCAGCACCUGUUCUACACCCUGUUCCUUGCUAUGUACCUCACCACCACCCUGGGGAACCUCAUCAUUGUCAUCCUCAUUUGUCUGGACUCCCAUCUCCACACACCCAUGUACUUCUUUCUCAGCAACUUGUCCUUCUCUGACCUCUGCUUUUCCUCUGUCACAAUGCCCAAGUUGCUGCAGAACAUGCACAACCAGGACACAUCCAUCUCCUAUGCUGGCUGUCUGACACAAAUGUACUUCUUAAUGGCUUUUGCAAACCUGGAGAACUUUCUUCUUGUGGUCAUGGCCUAUGACCGCUAUGUAGCCAUCUGCUUCCCUCUGCAUUACACCAGCAUCAUGAGCCCCAAGCUCUGUGUGUGUCUGGUGGUGAUCUCCUGGAUAUUUACCAUGCUGUAUUCCAUGUUACACACCCUACUUUUGGCAAGGUUGACAUUUUGUGAGGACAACAUGAUUCCCCAUUUUUUCUGUGACAUAUCUGCCCUGCUCAAGUUGGCCUGCUCUGACAUUUAUAUUAAUGAACUAAUGAUAUUUAUCUUGGGAGGGCUCGAUAUUAUCAUCCCAUUCUUACUAAUUCUUGUGUCCUAUGUGCAAAUUGUCUCUUCCAUUCUAAAGGUUUCAUCUACUCGGGGUAUACACAAGGUCUUUUCCACCUGUGGCUCCCAUUUGUCUGUGGUCUCACUCUUCUAUGGGACAAUUAUCGGUAUCUACAUAUGUCCACCAGCUAAUAACUCUACAGUGAGGGAGACUGUCAUGGCCCUAAUGUAUGCAGUGGUGACACCCAUGCUGAAUCCAUUCAUCUACAGCCUGAGAAACAGAGAUAUGAAAGAGGCCCUGAUCAGAGUCUUUAUUAAGAAGAAAAUCUCUUUAUAA